CAGUAGCCAGUGUGGUGGUGAUGGCACCCUACAGCAACAGAGGCGGAAGCCAGAUACCAGCACCCCGUAUAUAAAACCUCAAUUCAGCACCCCCUGACUGCGGGAAAAAACGCUGCGUCUUUAAGAGCAGGAAAGACCCCGCCCGCGUACGGCAGGAGUGACCUAAAGGGCCAAUGGGCGUUCUUCUUAGUGCGAGGUGCGUGAAGCCGCUUUUGGGAACGAAGCGGGAGGAAGAUGGAGGCCGUUUCUGAGACCGUGGCUGAGGGUGAGGCUCUCUCGCUUGCCGCCCCUUCUGUUCCGGAGCGGCUCCACCAGCGAGACGCAGAACGGCGCGAGGAGGCUGAGCGGAGGCGGCGGGCGCGCGACGCACAAGCCGUGCAAGAGGAGCAGAGCGACUUCUUCUCCGCAGCCUUCGUCCGAGAGCGGGAAGCCAUCGAGGCGUUGUUGGGGCCGGAAUCGGACGAAGCUGCCGAAGCCGCCGCCGCCAUGAGGUUGGAGGAGGCGGCUGGGCGGCUGCAGAGCCUGCAGCGGCUGCUGACGGACUCGGUGCGCUUCUUGGCCCCCUACGAGGUGCGGCAGGCGCAGGCGACGUUGGCCAGGCUGCAGAGUGCCUUGUCCGAGCGGCGCCUGCAAGUGCAGCCCAAGAAACGCUUUGCUUUCCGGGCUCGCAAGAAGGAGUCCACCGCGGCUCAACAGCCUCCGAAGGUUUCCGCGUGGCCGCAGGCGUCGAGCGAGGCGGUCCUUGCUCCUUCUGACGGCUCGGCGGGUCCCGAGUGCGGGUUUAGCCGGGUCGAAGGACAGGAGCUACGGCUGGGCUCGGCUGAGCUGCUGCAGCGGGACGUGGUGCUGUCGCAGCUGAGCCGUUGCCGAGUGCGGCUUUGCGGCAACCCCAACACGCUGCUGAUGCGCGGCUGCCAGGACUGCACGGUGCUCUGCGGGCCCGUGUCCACCUCGGCGCUGGUGGAGGACUGCAGCGGCUGCCUCCUGGCCCUCGCCUGCCAGCAGCUGCGCACACACCAGACCACUCAGACCAGCUUCUACGUUCAAGUGACGAGUCGCGCCAUACUGGAAAAUUGCAGCGGCGUCCGCUUCGCCCCAUACACGUGGAGUUACGCGGGCAUCGAAGCCGACUUCGAGACAUCCGGACUCGAUAGAAGCAGGAACAACUGGACCCAAGUGGAUGAUUUCAACUGGCUAGCCCGGGAUCAGCCAUCUCCGAACUGGACUGUGAUGCCGGAAGAGGAGAGAGUUUCUGAUUUGAACUGAACUGGCAGCUCUUCAUCUGCGGCGGUUUCUGCAACUGCGUUGCCGAGGGUGUUGUUGCUACUUACUUGUGGUUGGGUUUAAGCAAAAUGUUGUAAUGAAGGUGCCAGAAUGUUUACUCCUGGUGGUGACACUUGAUUUUGUGUGACCAAUGGUGUCUGCUGAUGCUAACUUUCUCUGUGCUGUUCACUCUGAGGAUUCUGAUGUUCAUGCAGUGCCUGUCCUAACAGAGAUGCUGCUGGUUUUUGUUCUAUUUGAACAGGGCUUAACAUUUGGGUGAGAUACUUAAUGGCUGUGUGACUGCAGCAUACAUUUUAAAAUUGGUGGAAUGCUUCAUCUCUGCAUCAUCCUCUAGCAAGCAAAGUAAAAGCCUCCUUUAUCUUGCUUCUGGCUCACACAGAUUCCCUAGGGGCUGCAGUAGCAUGAAGUAUGGAGUACUGAGAAAUGUUGAUUCAUAUUAUACUUUAGUUCGUUUAUCUUAAUUAUGAGUAAUUUUCAUCUAUACUCUUUAUGGAUUAACACUUGAAAUGUAUACUGUGGAUAGCAUUCAUGUAUAAUGGGGUAAUAACUUAAAAAUACAGGUUAUUUGAAAAUGGCAGCAAUGUUAGAAUGUUGUUGGCUGCCCAGUCUUUCAAGUCAUUCAAAUUAUGAUUUGCUUUCUGGAUCAAACUUUAUAAGGACUUCAGUUUCAGAUAUUCUUAAUUCAGAGUACCUCUUUCAGAUUCUUUCCUUGAUUCCUACCAAUACAAUGAAUUCUACAAAACUCCACUGGUAAAGUAUUAUCUGAUGAUCAAUUCAAACUCAAGAAACACAUUCUGAUGUUGAACUUAUUUCAGUGCUGCUAAUACUUGCAAGGGGAAGCCAAAAACAUGCAUUGGGCACAACCCAAUCAAAGUUAGACAAAAGUCACUGGAAAAAAAGUUAAGCACAUGCUUAUUUUCCAAAAACUGCUUAUAGAACUGCAUAAUAAUUGGUUGUAUCCUUGAGGGUUCUAUAGCUGUCAAAUUAUUUUAACAUUUAGUGUGCUAUUUAAAACAAUACUUGCAUGUUUUAUACAAAUAUAUACUGUGUCUAGGCAUUUCACAUUUCUGUGUACUAUUCAUUCUGUGUUUGGUUAACAAGCAUUAAACUGGUUACCAAAUUUGUACCUCAUACCGUUAAGCAGAAUUGAUAUUGUCACUAUUGUCUGGAUUUUAUCCUAAUUUAACUUUAAAAAACACAUGGAAGGUACCUCAGUUGUCUUGUUCAAAUGUUGUUUUUACUCUUAAAUACCUCUCACGGUCUGUUGGAUUAAAAUAAACAUUUUCCUGUUA